AGCCCAGCCCGUCCCGUCCCGCCGCCGGCCGGGGCGGUCCCACCGCCGUCCCCUCCUCCAUCCUGCGCGGGGGGACGGGAGCGCCCCUCCGCCGCCGAGCAGAGCGGCAGCCGCGGCCGGGCGCGACGCGGAUCUGCCGGAGCCCCUCUCCUCUUCCUCCUCCUCCUCCUGCCCCGCAGCCGUGCAGCAUGGCCCGGCGCGAAGCCCCCCCCGGGCUCUGUCUCCUGCUCCUGCUGCUGCUCCGCGGCGGGGGGCUCGCCACCCCCCCGCCGGCCGCCGCGCAGCCCCCGCCGCAGCGGGGGAGCGUCUGGUGCCCCAGCCGCUGCCUCUGUUUCCGCACCACCGUGCGCUGCAUGCAUCUGAUGCUGGAGAGCGUCCCCGCCGUGUCGCCCCAAACCACCAUCCUAGAUCUAAGAUUUAAUAGGAUUAAAGAAAUCCAGCCUGGAGAAUUUAGACGGCUUAAGAAUUUGAACACACUGCUCCUAAACAACAAUCAAAUUAAAAGAAUACCUAGUGGGGCAUUUGGAGACCUUGAAAAUCUGAAAUAUCUCUAUUUGUACAAGAAUGAAAUCCAGUCAAUUGACAGGCAAGCAUUUAAAGGACUUGCCUCUCUAGAACAACUGUAUCUGCACUUUAAUCAAAUAGAAACAUUGGAACCUGAGUCCUUUACCCAUCUUCCAAAACUUGAAAGGCUAUUUUUGCAUAAUAACAGAAUAGCUCAUUUGAUUCCUGGAACAUUUAGUCACUUAGAAUCUAUGAAGAGACUGCGUUUGGAUUCAAACGCUCUUCACUGCGACUGUGAAAUCCUGUGGCUGGCGGAGCUGCUGAAGACGUACGCGGAGUCGGGAAAUGCCCAGGCAGCUGCUACCUGCGAGUAUCCACGAAGGAUCCAGGGACGAUCAGUGGCCACGAUAACACCAGAGGAACUUAACUGUGAGAGGCCAAGAAUUACAUCAGAGCCUCAGGAUGUGGACGUUACCUCAGGGAAUACAGUGUACUUCACUUGCAGAGCUGAAGGCAAUCCUAAACCAGAAAUUAUCUGGCUUCGAAACAAUAAUGAGCUCAGUAUGAAAGAAGAUUCCCGUCUAAACUUGCUAGAUGAUGGCACCUUAAUGAUUCAGAAUACUCAAGAAACAGACCAGGGCAUUUACCAGUGCAUGGCAAAAAAUGUGGCUGGAGAAGUGAAAACUCAGGAAGUUACUCUUAGAUACUUUGGAUCACCAGCCCGGCCAAGUUUUGUGAUUCACCCACAAAAUACAGAGGUAUUAGUUGGAGAGAGUGUUACCUUGGAGUGCAGUGCAACUGGGCACCCUCAGCCGCGAAUUACAUGGACCAAAGGUGACAGAACCCCUUUACCAAGUGACCCUCGCAUCACGAUAACUCCAUCAGGAGGACUUUACAUACAAAAUGUGAAGCAGGAGGACAGCGGCGAGUAUACCUGUUUUGCAACUAACAGCAUAGAUAAUAUCCAUGCAACUGCAUACAUCAUAGUCCAAGCUCUACCUCAGUUUACUGUUACUCCUCAAGACAAAACGGUGAUUGAGGGACAAACUGUUGAUUUCCCUUGUGAAGCACAAGGCUAUCCCCAGCCUGUUAUUGCCUGGACAAAAGGAGGAGGCCAGUUGUCUGUUGACAGAAGACAUUUAGUUCUAUCUUCUGGUACCCUAAGGAUUUCCAGGGUAGCCCUGCAUGACCAAGGACAGUAUGAAUGCCAAGCUGUCAACAUUAUCGGAUCUCAACGGAUUGUUGUAUACCUGACUGUGCAGCCUAGAGUGACUCCUGUAUUUGCCAGUGUUCCCAGUGACAUGACAGUAGAAGUUGGCACAAAUGUGCAGAUCCCAUGCAGUGCUCAAGGGGAGCCAGAGCCAGUAAUUACAUGGAAUAAGGAUGGAGUACAGGUAACUGAGAGUGGAAAAUUUCACGUUAGUCCAGAGGGAUUUCUUACUAUUCGUGAUGUUGGAACUGCUGAUGAAGGUCGAUAUGAAUGUGUUGCCCGGAAUACCAUAGGAUACUCCUCUGUUAGCAUGGUGCUUAGUGUUAACGUCCCUAAUGUCAGCCGAAAUGGAGAUCCUUUUGUACAAACGUCAAUUGUGGAAGCAAUUGCAACUGUUGACAGAGCUAUAAAUUCAACACGUACACAUCUUUUUGACAGUCGUCCUCGUUCUCCAAAUGAUUUGCUAGCCUUAUUUCGAUACCCAAGGGAUCCAUACACUGUUGAGCAAGCAAGAGCUGGGGAAAUAUUUGAAAGGACAUUACAGCUUAUUCAAGAUCACGUACAGGAUGGUCUAAUGGUUGACCUGAAUGGAACAAGUUAUCACUAUAAUGACCUUGUAUCCCCACAGUACUUGAAUUUGAUAGCUAAUCUCUCAGGCUGUACAGCCCAUCGACGAGUGAACAAUUGCUCAGAUAUGUGCUUUCACCAGAAGUACCGGACACAUGAUGGAACAUGCAACAACCUGCAGCAUCCCAUGUGGGGCGCUUCUCUGACAGCCUUUGAACGUCUGUUAAAAUCAGUCUAUGAAAAUGGAUUUAAUUUGCCUCGGGGAAUCGAACCCAGGAGGCUCUCUAAUGGAUAUGCACUCCCAAUGCCUCGACUGGUUUCAACUACUCUGAUUGGAACUGAAACUGUAACUCCUGAUGACCAGUACACUCACAUGCUCAUGCAGUGGGGUCAGUUUCUUGAUCACGACCUUGACCUCACCGUUGCUGCCCUAAGUGAGGCCAGGUUUUCAGAUGGUCAGCAUUGCAGUUCAGUUUGCACAAAUGAUCCUCCAUGCUUUUCGAUUAUGAUUCCACCAAAUGAUCCCAGAGUUAGAAAUGGUGCACGCUGCAUGUUUUUUGUACGCUCCAGUCCAGUUUGUGGAAGUGGCAUGACAUCUCUCUUGAUGAAUUCUGUGUACCCACGAGAACAGAUCAACCAGCUGACUUCAUAUAUUGAUGCAUCCAACGUGUAUGGCAGUUCAGACCAUGAAGCACUAGAAAUCAGAGACUUGGCAAGUCAAAGGGGUCUUCUGAGACAGGGCAUCGUACAAAGAUCUGGCAAGCCCCUUCUUCCAUUUGCUACUGGCCCACCAACAGAAUGUAUGAGGGAUGAAAAUGAGAGCCCAAUUCCCUGCUUCUUAGCUGGUGAUCAGCGUUCUAAUGAACAGCUGGGUCUUACCAGUAUCCACACCUUGUGGUUUAGAGAACACAACAGAAUUGCCACAGAGCUACUGAAACUCAAUCCACACUGGGAUGGUGACACAAUAUAUCAUGAAACACGCAAAAUUGUUGGUGCAGAAAUGCAACACAUAACAUUUAGCCACUGGCUACCUAAGAUCUUUGGAGAGGUAGGCAUGAAGAUGCUUGGCGAAUAUAAAGGUUAUGAUCCCAGUGUUAAUUCUGGCAUAACUAAUGAGUUUGCAACUGCCGCUUUUAGGUUUGGUCACACACUCAUUAAUCCUUUUCUGUAUCGACUGGAUGAAAAUUUUGAACCUAUUCCACAAGGCCAUCUACCUCUUCAUAAGGCAUUCUUCUCUCCAUUUCGGAUUGUAAAUGAAGGAGGCAUUGAUCCACUUCUAAGGGGAUUGUUUGGUGUUGCUGGUAAGAUGCGUGUCCCAUCACAAUUACUCAAUACAGAGUUAACAGAAAGACUCUUCUCCAUGGCACGUACUGUGGCUUUAGAUCUGGCAGCUAUGAAUAUUCAGAGAGGCAGAGAUCAUGGAAUUCCUCCCUACCAUGAUUUUAGAGUUUACUGUAAUCUUUCUUCAGCUCAGACUUUUGAAGAUCUGAAAAAUGAAAUUAAGAAUCCUGAAAUCAGGGAGAAACUUAGCAGGUUGUAUGGUUCCCCACUGAACAUAGACCUAUUUCCUGCUUUAAUGGUAGAAGACUUAGUUCCAGGGAGCCGACUGGGGCCAACUUUGAUGUGUCUGUUAAGCACCCAGUUCAGGCGCAUUCGGGAUGGAGACAGGUUAUGGUAUGAGAACCCAGGUGUAUUCACGCCUGCUCAGCUCACUCAGAUCAAGCAGACAUCUCUUGCCAGAGUUUUGUGUGACAAUGGUGACAACAUAACCCGGGUACAACAUGAUGUCUUUAAGGUGGCUGAAUUCCCACAUGGAUAUAGUAGCUGUGAAGAUAUUCCUAAGCUGGAUCUCAGGAUGUGGCAAGAUUGCUGUGAAGACUGUAGAACUAGAGGACAGUUUAAUGCAUUUUCAUAUCACUUUCGGGGAAGACGUUCUCUUGACUACAGCUUUCAAGAGGACAAGCCCUUGAAGAAAAUGAAAAUGUCCAAAACAGUAAGUUCUAUGAAACAGAGUAAAUAUUUUCGUAAUGCCACCUCAGCAUCUGAUGAAAAUGCAAACAUGCCCAUAGUGAAUGACUUCAAAGAAUUUGUUUUGGAAAUGCAAAAAACUAUUUCAAGCCUCAGAAACCAGAUAAAAAAACUUGAAUCACGCCUCAGUAAAACCGAUUGCACUGAUGAAAAGGGUAAAUCAUAUUCCAGCAACGAAACCUGGAAAAGGGACCCUUGUACUGUGUGUGAAUGCAAAGUUGGUCAGAUUACCUGUUUUGUGGAGUCAUGCCCGCCAGCUGACUGUGAAGCUCCUGUGAAGAUUAAAGGAGAUUGUUGUCCAGUCUGCUUAAAAGAAAAUAUUAAUAAAAAGAAGCCAUAAGUCUUCUUUUUUUUUUAGAUUUUAGGGUGCAUACUCUUCAGAUCGUAUCAAUGCCUGCUGAUGGCAAAAACAGGUAACUACAGGCUUAAAACAGCAAGAAAUCAAGAUUACAACAUUCUAAUGGUGCUGUAACAGUAUAACGUAAUAUAUCAUUGUAUUUUCUGCCCAUGAAGGUAAUCACAAUGCAAAAAAUAAUGAAAGGGAAACUAGCAAACAGGUCAAAGUUAAUUGUGUGUUAAGCUUCUCAGGUUAGACAAACUAAAAACUGGUGCUACUUUAAGAGAACACUGUCAGGUAGUUUUAGGUAUCCAAAAUGACUGGGCUUCAGACUUAGGCUAAAAUGAACCCUUUUUUUCCCCAUCUAUGAUUAGUAAUGUUGAAAGUUCCAUUUUCAGUUCCAGUCUGACUUGAAAUUUAGCUCUUUAUUAUUACUUAGUAAAUGACAGGAAAACAAAAGGUCACUCACUGUGCCCAAACCAAUGCAAUAGAGGACCAGUUUCUACAAACCACAUAUGCAUGGAAAUGCUGUUGAAUCACACUAUCACUUCUACGUAUGGACCACCAAGAAAGUAAAGAAAAACAGUGCACCUUUCAACAUCCUCUUGUUAAUUCACUGAGCAAAAUUAUUCAAUAUUUUCAAACUAGAAAGGCUGGAAUUACUAGGGAAACAUGAGUAAAUGUAAUUGGAAGAUAGAAAAAGCAAUUGAAUGUAUAUUGCAGGUAUAAUUGACAGUGUUCCUCAUUUUAGGAAAACACACAUGGCACAGUAGCAUUUGAUCUUAACAUGAACAUAAUCUUUUUUUGUCAAAACAUAUGUAAUUGCUUGGCAACUUAUUUUUGUUUCAUCUAUUUUAAAUCAUUGUAACAUGACCAUCCAGUCCAGUUUUUAAGCAUGCUUCUCUUAAUCUCAGAUCAGCUCACAUAUAUGUAUGGCCCUGUUUUGAGAAUGUGAAACCACGUCACAUGCCAUUUUAUAUACAAAGAUACCUACUGACUUACUGUGCAUAUUGUCAAUAGACAUAUGUUCCUGAUUAUAUUGUGGCACUGUUUGUUGGAAAAAAAAAAAAUCUAAAUCAAACGUCAUGAUUAAUUGUGGAUUGACUACUUUUUCUGACAAGGUAUUUGAUUUUUUUUUGUUGUUGUUCAAUUUCAUCUAAUGCAUAUAUAUUUUUACCUCGUAUUUUUAUCAUUCAUGUUAAAAAUGGUCUGCCAAUGGACUUUAGUUCCCAUUUAAUAAAUGUUUAACAUAACAGAGUAUAUGUCUACACUAGCAUUUCAAAGUUGUAUACUUUUUAGAAUACAAACUGCAUAUUUUUGACCAGGAAUUAUAUAUUAUAUUCAGUGAAGGACAACUAUCAUACCUCAUUUUACAGUUUGUUUGUUUGUUUGUUUGUUUUUUGUUUAUUCAGAAUUGAUUCUCUCCCUAAUUACUUAAUAUUUUUGAAUUUAUGGCUCUGUCCUUAAUUCCCAAGUUAGGAUUAACAAGAACCAAGCUCUUCUUUAGUUUUUCACUGACUUCUGAAUUUGUUGUUCAAAUUGAGGGAGCAGAGAUCUGUAAUCAAAGAACUCCGCACAAAAUUUAACAUUCUCAUCUUAAACAUUUCAGAUUAUGCAAACAAACUGAAUACUUCAUUAUUGCAUGGUAAAUCAAAUACCUGUCUAAUAACUAACCUCGCACAACAAAAUAAGUUCCACUAUUAUAUUUUGGCACAUAAUUUCUCUGAUUACUAACAUUCAUAAUUUCAAGUUUGAUAAUCAGAUACCAUGACACAUUCAAACUUUGGUGUAUCUUUAAAGCUUGCUACAGAAAAUCAUUUCAUACUAUAGUAAGAGCAAUAUGUACAUGUGAGUGGUGUGUUAAAGAUGUGUGGUAGAAGGUACAUGGAACUGCAAUUUAUAUUUUUAAGAAUAUUUUAAUUGAUUUUAUAUACAGUGUUUUGACAUGUAAUUUUCUAUUUUAAUACUUUCAGAAAUUGUGUGUGGCGAGCAUGUUUGAGUAUCAUAUGGUUUCUAGAGGCUGUCAUUCCUGUAUUUCUUUGAUACUCUGGUAUUUUGUUGACUUUUGCUGAGAGUCCAAACCACAUGUCUCGUCCUGUAAGUCCAACUCAGAUGGAACUCCCAUUGACCUAUAGCAGGAAUUCCUCAAAGAGGAAGGAUUGCGGAGCUGAACCAAAUAUAAUUUAACUGUCUAAACAGAUAUAUAAAUCAGUAAUACAUCCAGCUGGUUACUACUUACAUUCUUUUAUUCCAAUUUUAUAUUAAAUAAACUUUCUCAAAAUUUCCACUUAUUGGAGAAAAGAGUUUCCAUUUAUACAUUAUAAAAUAGUAACAUAUAUCCGAUUGUUCAUUUUCUUCAGCCUCCAGAAUAAAGAGGGAGGUUUUCUUCGAUGUUCACUGUUUAUUCGUAUGGUAUAUAAAAUGGGCUUAGGAGUCUGGAUAUGCUUACAUAAGUGUAAUUUUGAGUUAUUUUCCGCUGAUUUCCAUCUGAUUAUAAACCAUUCAGGAAAAACAAGUCUUUAUGCACAGUUUAAAGUGUAAUCAGUAAUGGAUUGUGCUUGUUUUAUUGUCAUGUCUGCAGAAUCAGCAUUAAUUUUAACAUUUUUGAAACAGUGGCCAAUGGCUAGAUGACCAUUUCCUCAGUAUCCACUGUGAGAAUAUUGCUGUAAUAUGUUGCAAAUUUUACAUAUUUAUUUUCUUUUUUUAAUGUUACCUAAAGCAAAGUCUUUGUUGUUUUUAUUUUAAUCAGUAAAUUUACCAAAGAACUGUUUGCACUGUAUAAUGAAUGCUUUUCAGUUAAAAUAAAAUGGGCCACAUUUCCAAGUAAA